AUGUGUGCAAUGAAAAUCGACGAUUCUAAGAAACCCGAAUUAGAAUAUAAACAUGCUAUUGAAUUUGCUAAGGAUCCGCCUCUCACAGAAGCGCUCACUCAUCUGUGGGCGGUUAUUCGGAAACUCGGCGAGGAAUCUGUAAAAUGUAUAGAGGAGAAAAAAUCGUUAACGCGCGUGAUGGACAAUUACAGGCAACUAAUGCCAGAAAUCAAACAGUCUAUUUUAUCGGAACAAAACACAGUGGAAAAACUAAAAGAAGAAUUGAACUCUGCGCAUCGUAUGUUAGACGCUUCCAACCUCCGGGAACAAAUAAUUCAAGAGUCCAACGAUAAUUUAUUAGCACAAAUAAAGACCUUAAAAACUGAACUAGAGUCGAAAACUAAACAAAUGGAAGAAGAAAGCUUAUUUUCUUCUAUGGGUCAAGGUGAUACGAGUCAAUUAGAGUUGACAAGAACAAAACGAGAACUGGCUAGAAUAGAUAUAGAGAACAAACGUCUAAAUAAUCUUUGUGAAUCAUUGAAAAAAGAACUAGACAGUGCCGAAUAUAAUGUCAGAGAUCUCGAAGCCGAUUUAGCUGCUCAAAGUAACAAUCUAGUGAAAGAAAUAAAAACAAAGGAAAAAUUAGAGGACCUCAUAAAAACCAACCACGAUCAAUUGGAAAAAAUAAAAACCGAACUUAGUAUCACUAAGAACAAUUUCAGAAAGGCAGAAUCCAAUAUAGAAAAACUUAACGAGACAUUAAAAGACUUAAAAAAAUUAACUAGAGAAUUAAAAAUUAAAACUGAACUUAGGGCAGAUAGCGUCAAAGAAAUAAAUAUACUUCAAGAUAAAAUAAACUACCAAGAAAAUGAAUUAUUAAGAGUUCAAUCCGAACUAACACGUUUAAUUGCUACUCAUGAAACAUCAGUCAGAAAGCGUCAAGAGGUCAUGGAGGAGGUUGACAAAAUUUCUAAGGAAAAAAAAAAUUCUGAAAAUAACGUAGCUACUUUGGAACGAAGUUUAAUUACAUCACAAGAAGAUAAUCUUAAACUGAAAAAAAUGUUGGAAUUAACGGAAAGAGAAAAAAAGUUACUAGAAAAAAAUAUGACUAAAGUUAAUGAACAAAUAACUGCAUAUAUCGAAAAAAUGAAUAUAAAGGAAUCAGCAUUUCGGGUUUUGGAACAAGAGUUUAGAAGCGCACAAAAAUAUAUUGAUAAAUUAAACCAAGAUAUAAUUACAAUGAAAAAUAAUAAGGAAAAGUUACACCAAGAAAUAAUAACAUUAAAACAAAAAAUGUACGAAGACUCAGUGACAAUGAAUCACAAAGAAGUGGAAGUGCAAGAAUUAAAAAAAGAAAUAAGUAAUUGGAGUGAUAAAUUUAAAGAACAAGAUCAUGACCUACACACUAUAAAAACUGAAAGAAAUCUGUUUUCUAAAAAUCUUGCUGAAGCUAAGGAUGAAACAGACGAGAUAAAAGAUAAAAUAAAAAUGAUUUCACAACAACUCGAACAACAAAAAGAAUACGUCGCGUACAAAGAAAUGCAAUUGACGAAAAACGAUACAGUAUUAAAACAAACUGAAAAGGAACUUCAAAAAUGUCAACAAGAAAUCGAUGAGUACGAGACCCGAGUGGAAGAAAUGUCAAAUUUAUUAAAGAAAAAAAAUGAAGACGAAAAGUCAAUGAUAAUGACAUUGAAAUUAUUGCAGAAAAAAAUAGAAAAACUUCAGAAACAAAAUGAUGAAGGAAACAAAGAUAAAAACAAACUCAUAAAUCAAAUGAAUAAACGCAACGAGGAGCUAUUAAAACAAAAAGAUGCUAAUGACAUAUUAAGAACGACAUUAGGCAAGGGAGAAGUGGAAUAUAAUAAAAGGAUUGACGAUAUUAAAUUGCUCAAAUCGGAAGUAAAGAGUUUGAGUGUUCAAAAAAACUUGUUGAUGAAAAACCUAUCGGAAAUAAAUGACAUAAGAGGCGAAGUACUUAAAUAUGAGCAAAAACUGAACAGAGAACGUUUGAAAUGUCGAGCUUUAGAAGACAUGUUAAUCAAACCUACAAACGUACACCGAUGGAGAAUAUUAAAAAACACUGAUCCGCCGGCUUACGAGAUGAUUGCCAAAGUGAAAAUCCUUCAAAAACGGUUACUCGAACAAUGCACCAGGGUAUUCGACAAGGAUUUGCAAGUCCAAGAGCUGCAGACUAGGUAUGAAAAACUAAAAGAUGAAUUCAUUAAGCUACCAGGCAGAGAUGUCUUCAAAGAAAUGAACGAUAUCAAAAGAACUCUAUUAAAAAAAGACGACAAAAUGAGGAGCUUAUCCGGCGAAUUAAUUAUCAGUCAACAGACAACAAAAGAAUGCAUGUUUGAAUUGGAGAGAACAAAAAAAGACUUAAACGAAUUUAAAAAUAAAUAUUACGAACUGAAACGAAUUGUGACGAAAAUCAAACUUAAAAACCGAACCUCUACAGUAUUAACCAAACCAGAUUCAAUUCCUAUAAGUUGUAGCCAACUCUUAGAUAUGACAAUAUGAUUAGUACUUUUUAUUUAUAUAUUUCAGUUUUUUUUUUUCAAUAAUAUUAUAAGUUUUUUUUUUAAUUAAAAAAUUAGUAAAUUUGAGUAUGUUAUAGACUUUGUAAACUUGUAGUAUUUUCCUCAACACUUCGCUUCUGCCAAAAUAAUACAAGAAAUUAACUAGAAUAUUUUGAUUAAAUUCAAAAACAAAAUGACGAAUUAAAAGGAAGAAAAGUCUUAAUUUUACUAAAACUCUAGAAUUAUAAUACCAGGAAAUAUUUUUUCUUAAACAUUUCUUAUUAUAUUACACAGUCUAAAUUAGAUUCACAAGUUUAAGUUAAGUACAAUGGAGAGAUAUGAUUGGUGACUUGUUGAAGAGGCCAUCCAUCAACGGA